AUUUGAAUUAGAAUUUAAACGUAUUUUUAAGAAAAAAGUGUAAUCUCUAGUGCAAUUAUGUUUCUGCCCGAAACAGCUGUGUUCUGCAUUACGCUGCUCGUCUAUGGCGCCAUUCUAUUGCUAUUAAUUUACUAUGUGUUGACGCUGGCCGACUUGGAGUGCGACUACCUCAAUGCCCAGGAAUGCUGUCGUCGCCUAAACUUCUGGGUCAUACCCAAAUUCGGUUCUCAUGCGUUGCUCUGUUUUCUGCUUUUAAUUUGCGGUCACUGGAUAAUGUUCUUGCUCAAUUUACCAAUGGUCGUUUGGUUAUUUUAUGAGCUGCAUCGCCAGCGUCGUGACAGUCUUGGCGUCUAUGAUCCUGUUGAUAUUCACAGUCGAGGACUCUUGAAGGUUCAUUUGAGGAACUGCAUGAUCUAUCUGGGAUAUUAUUUUGUAAUGUUCUUCGUUGGAUUGUAUUGUCUCAUUUCAUCGCUGAUUAAAGGUGAUCCCAUCAAGCGGCACGAAGCGGAUGAGAUUGUCACCGCUUUCUAAGCAACUAAGCAGCGCUCCCACAGCAACUAGACGCACAACGUAUUGACAUCAACGACAUCCACAAUUGACCAAUACUCAUUAUUUAAUUUCUCUAUUUAUUUUCAUAUCUCUUAGCAUCUGCAGCCCAUUUUUAAGUGUAUUCGAUCACAAUAUUUAAAUAUACUUAUACUCUUAUAUACAAAACGAAGUCUUCUUUCGCUUGCGACUUACUGUAAAAAAUCCACCACUUCCUCGAGCUCGCGUUGUCGCGCCUGCUUUUGUGCCCACCGUGCCUCGGCUGUCUUUACACUGACAACCCAACGAUCGUGGGCCAAUUUGAUGCCACAUCGAUUAUCGCUAUUAUCCA